AUGUACGCUCUGUGUGUAUUGUUGUUGUGUGCUGUUUGUGUACGUAGUGAAAAGUUUUACGAGUUAAACAUUAUUCAUUAUAACGACUUUCAUGCAAGAUUCGUAGAAACUAGUCCGUCUGGAUCUGUGUGCAAUCCGUCGGCAGCUCCUUGUAUCGGAGGCUUCGCUCGCCUCGCGACCCUUAUUAGAGAUGGACUUGAGAGGAAUCCAGACUCCUUAGUAUUAAACGGAGGCGACUCAUUUCAAGGAACUAUCUGGUAUAACUUAUUGAGAUGGAACGUCACUCAGGAUUUUAUGAAUAUGAUCCAUCAUGAUGCACAUGUAUUAGGAAAUCAUGAGUUUGAUAAUGGUAUUGAAGGUCUCGUUCCAUAUCUUCAACAUCUCAAAUCUCAAGUUGUUACCGCAAAUAUUAUCGACGAUGAUGAACCAACGAUACAAGGACUGUACAAGCCUAGUAUUGUAGUCGAAAAGGGAGGUCGGAAGAUUGGAAUAAUAGGUGUUAUAAUAUCAAGUACUGACGAACUAGCAAGUACAGGAAAUUUAAAGUUUACGGAUGAAAUUGAAGCUGUUAGACGAGAAGCUGAAAAGUUACACGAGCAAGGAAUAAAUAUCAUUGUAGUUCUAUCACACUGUGGAUUAGAUAUAGAUCGUAAAAUAGCCCUUAAUGCUGGUCCCCAUAUCGACAUAAUUGUCGGAGGUCACAGUCAUACACUUCUAUCAAACAGUGACCCUCCAGAGGGCUCUACUUGGACUCCAUUGGGACCUUAUCCCGUUGUUGUAGAACAGGCAACGAGAUCUGUAUUGAUCGUUCAAGCUGGAGCUCAUACAGCAUUUUUAGGAGAAAUUAAACUUAAUUUUACUGAUAACGGAGAUCUUAUUAGUUGGGUUGGAGAUCCUCAUUAUAUAGGCAACAAUGUUGUUCCAGCUCCUGACGUCUUAAAAAAAAUUAAUGAGUAUCUGCCAGUUAUAACUGAACAAGCAACUGAAUUGAUUGGAAUCUCAAAAGUCCACCUGUCCUCAAGGUGUAAUUGUGGAGAAUGCAGUCUCGGCAGUUUUAUUUGUGAUGCAUUCAUGCACGAAACUGUUGUAAAAUCAGGAAACAAUAAGUGGAACGAGGCAAACUUUUGCUUCGUUAACACUGGUGGUAUACGUUCCGACGUCGAAAGUGGAAAUGUGACAUUUGAAGGGAUACUUCUCUCAACUCCGUUUGAGAAUAAUGUAGAAAUAUUUGAUCUAAGGGGUGAUCAUGUCAAGGAAAUGUUGGAGUAUGCUGUGGCUAAUGACCCGUGGCCUGGAGCCAUGAUGGUUCAGGUAUCAGGGAUGCGAGUUAUAUUUGAUGGCGCCCGACCCGUGAAUAAUAGAGUUGUAAACGCUACAAUAAGGUGCAAUUAUUGUGAUAUACCAAGAUACGAACCUCUGGAUCUGAACAAAUAUUACAAAAUCGUUUCACAAUCUUUCAUCGGAGGUGGUGGCGAUGGAUUUAGUAUGAUAUCAAAUAAUCGUCAGAACGUAGAAGUGUUGGGUGUUGAUUACGACAUACUGUUACAGUACGUGAGACAUCAGUCGCCGAUCAUGAAGGACUUGGACGGACGGAUACUUAUAACAGAUGCAUGUAUGGAGAACUGA